AGGUGAUGGGGAUCUAGUUUACUCUGACUGGGAAACAAUGACAGUGAAUAAAGUGAAAAAUGGACAGACAGAGGAGAUGAUCAGACUACUGAAAUGGAGACCUUUCAAACUCUGUGUCAUCACCUCUGGUGAUCUCCUGGUUACCAUGUACAGUGAUGAUAAAAUACAAUCCAAAGUUGUCCGUUACACUGGCUCCAUAGAGAAACAAACAAUCCAGUUUGAUGAGGAGGGUAAACCUCUGUAUUCAGGAAAUUACAAAAUUAAGUACAUCAGUGAAAACAGAAACCUGGAUAUCUGUGUGGCUGACUGUGGAGCUGGUGCUGUAGUGGUGGUCAAUCAGGCUGGAAAACUCCGAUUUAGAUACACUGGUCAUCCUUCUACUACAAAGAACGAACCAUUUAAACCUUUUGGCAUCACAACAGACAGCCAGAGUCAGAUCCUGACAGCAGACCAUUAUAACCACUGUAUCCACAUCCUAGACCAGGACGGACAGUUCCUCCGUUAUAUAGAUGACUGUGAUCUGAAGGAUCCAUUUGGUUUAUGUGUGGACCAAAAUAACUGUUUGUUUGUUGCUGAAUGGAGAGGAAAGAUUAAGAAAAUUAAAUAUCUUGGAUAGAUUUAUCUAUUUU